AUGUUAUUCUACGAUAUUUAGGAUCUUUAAUAAAUAAAAAAAAUUAAAAAUUAUGUUUUAAUCGGAUAACCAGUAAAAGUUUUAUUUUUUGAACCAACUAACUAAAUAAUUGUGUUUUACAAAAAUUUUAUAACACUUUAAAAUAUAGAUAAUUUGUAGUAAUGCAAUAUUGUUUAAUCAUAACUUCAAGAUAAAAUUUUACCUUAAGUAUUUUCAUAAAAUAAUAUUUAUUAUGGAAUUAGUUGGUAAAAUAAAACUAUAAGUUUUUCAUCAUAUUCUGAUUCAAUUUCAAUAAAAUUAUUUUAGUAAAUUGGUGGAUUUAAAUAUAAUUAAUUUGGAUAAACUGGAAAUACAAUUACUUUAAUCACAAAUGAUAAUAGUAUUUUUUAAUAUAAUCUUGAACAAGAUUGUAUAAUUGAUAAAGGAAAUUUAAUAUAAUUUGGAGAAAUAUUUCGUUUAGAUAUGAACCAAUAAUAAACAAAAUUAUUAUUGAAUAUUGAAAAUAAAAAAAUGAAUACUUAAAGAUUAGAAUUAAUAGACUUCUUAUCAAUGAAAUCAAUUUAAUUUUUGGAAGAAUUUAACGCUGGUAUUCAUUAUUGUCAAAAAGCAGUUUUUUGUGAAGAAUGCUCUUACUUAAUAACUGCUUAUUCAAGUGUUACAAUAAAAUUAUGGGACUUAAAAACUUGUAAGCUUUUAUCUACUUUUAAAAGUAGCACAGAACGUAUAGAUUAGAUUUAAAUAUCAGCUAAAGGUAUUUUAGCUUAAGUUGGUAAUGAAAUUAUUAAACUUUGGAAUUUAAAUGCAUUAAAAUAAUAAUAAAUAGAAAUAGAUGGCCAUUAAACAUCGAUAACAUUAAUUUCAAUAUCCUAAGAUGGAUUAUAAUUGGCUUCAGGAUCUAUUUAAGAGAUAAUUAGAUGGGAUUUAAGUAAUUUUUAAAAGAUAGAUGUUUUAUUAAAAGGAAAUAAAUUGCCUCCAUGUUUUUGUUUCUCGAACGAUUGUAAUUACUUUGCAGCAUUAGAUGAUUUGCAUUAUAUUAGACUUUGGAAAUUAAAUACUAAAUAUUUAGUAGUAAGUAGUCAUGUCAUUAAAUAUAAAUAUAAUGCUUAAGCUAUUAAAUUCAAUUUAGAGAAUACUAAAAUAAUUGCCAAAUAUGAAAAUGGAAUUAAAAUUUUAUGGAAUUUAUCGACAGAAUAAUUAAUUGAAGAUUCUAACAUUAAUUUACAUUAGGAAAUUUGUUCAAAUUAAAUAUUAUUUUCGUAUGAUUCACAAUAUUUAGUAACUUUUAGUCCAAUUCAAAUUAUAAAUUUAUUUGAUGAAAAAAAAGAAAAAUUAUAAAUUUAGGAUGAAGUUCUAAUUGAAAAAGUAUAAUGUAUGGCAAUAUCCCACAAUAAUCUUAGAUUGGCAAUUCAAAAUUAAAAUUGUAUAUUUUUAUGGUCAAUUGAAAAGAUGGAAAUUAUUAUACAAUUUGGAAAAGGACUAAAGAUUAGUUAAUGUUUGGCAUUUUCUAAUAAUGAUUAGGUAUUAUUUUCAAUAAAUAAUGAAUUUCUUGUUUAAUUAUGGGAUGUUAAUGAUAAGUACACUAUUAUUAAAGAAAUAUCGAUUGCUCCUAUAAUAGAUGAUCCAAUAUUUACUCCAAUGAUGCACAAAACUGUAGCUUAUCCCCUAGAUGAAGAAAAGUUCUUUGUUGUUUAUUCUUUGACUAUUGGGUUUAAUAUUAUUUAAUCUGAUUACUUAAAGGUAUGUAUUAUUCCAGAUCAUGAAAAAGAAUGGGAUAUUAGUUCAGAUUAUUAUACCUAUCAUUUUGAUUCUGCAUUUUCAUCUAAAAAAUAAUUAUUAGCUCUUUAAUGGUUCCGAGAGUUUAAAUUAUUCGAAACCAAUUCUAUGAAACUCUUUGUAAAUUUAGAACCCAAUAAAUUAGAAAGAACAACUUAUACUUAACAAUUAUCUUUUUCAAAAAGUGGCAGAUUUCUUUUGUCAUUAAAUUAAGAUAAAACUAUUUCAUUAUGGGAUUUAGAUUCCAAAGUAAGUAUAUAAUAAAAAGUUAAUACAAAAUAACACUUAAAUAUUAAUUCCUUCAUUUUUCAUCAAGACGAAGAAAAUAUUAUUGUAUUGGGAUUAAAUUAUUAAAUAUAUCAUGAUCAUAUAUCAAAUUACACUGACAAAUUUAUAUUUUAAUCUUAAGAAGUCUAGGAAAAUUUUGAUUAUGUUAUCAAAGAAAUUAAUUAAUAUACAAUCAAUUAUAAGGAAAAUGAACUCAAAAUUAUUGAAAAAUAAUCUGGUAAUUAAAUUUGCAUUAUAAAUUAAUUUAGCUCAAAAUUAAAUUCAGCUUCCUUUUCUCCAUGUGGUAGAAAUAUUAUUUUAGGAAUGAAAGAUGGAUCAAUAUUAUUUUAUAAAAUAGAUUAAGAAACCUUAGAUAAGUAAGGUUUGCCAACUUUUUUUAAAUGUUUAAAUAGAUUUCCAUUAUUAAUGGCUCCUUAUUGUAAACUACAGAAUUCAGUAUUGUAAUCAAAAGAAAAUGAAAAUUUAGCCAAGCUAUUUAUCGAAAAAGGAGCUAAAAUAUGA